AUGAAAAAUCUGGUUCGAUGGCUGUUCUCCACAAACCACAAGGAUAUAGGGACUCUCUAUUUCAUUUUCGGUGCCAUUGCUGGAGUGAUGGGCACAUGCUUCUCAGUACUUAUUCGUAUGGAAUUAGCACGACCCGGCGAUCAAAUUCUUGGUGGGAAUCAUCAACUUUAUAAUGUUUUAAUAACAGCUCAUGCUUUUUUAAUGAUCUUUUUUAUGGUUAUGCCGGCGAUGAUAGGUGGAUUUGGUAAUUGGUUUGUUCCGAUUCUGAUAGGUGCACCUGACAUGGCAUUUCCACGAUUAAAUAAUAUUUCAUUCUGGUUGUUGCCACCAAGUCUCUUGCUCCUAUUAAGCUCAGCCUUAGUAGAAGUAGGUAGCGGCACUGGGUGGACGGUCUAUCCGCCCUUAAGUGGUAUUACCAGUCAUUCUGGAGGAGCAGUUGAUUUAGCAAUUUUUAGUCUUCAUCUAUCUGGUGUUUCAUCCAUUUUAGGUUCUAUCAAUUUUAUAACAACUAUCUUCAACAUGCGUGGACCUGGAAUGACUAUGCAUAGAUUACCCCUAUUUGUGUGGUCCGUUCUAGUGACAGCAUUCCUACUUUUAUUAUCACUCCCGGUACUGGCAGGGGCAAUUACCAUGUUAUUAACCGAUCGAAACUUUAAUACAACCUUUUUUGAUCCCGCUGGAGGGGGAGACCCAAUUUUAUACCAGCAUCUCUUUUGGUUCUUCGGUCAUCCAGAGGUGUAUAUUCUCAUUCUGCCUGGAUUCGGUAUCAUAAGUCAUAUCGUUUCUACUUUUUCGGGAAAACCGGUCUUCGGGUAUCUAGGCAUGGUUUAUGCCAUGAUCAGUAUUGGUGUCUUAGGAUUUCUUGUUUGGGCUCAUCAUAUGUUUACUGUGGGCUUAGACGUAGAUACCCGUGCCUACUUCACCGCAGCUACCAUGAUCAUAGCUGUCCCCACUGGAAUCAAAAUCUUUAGUUGGAUCGCUACCAUGUGGGGGGGUUCGAUACAAUACAAAACACCCAUGUUAUUUGCUGUAGGAUUUAUCUUUUUGUUCACCAUAGGAGGACUCACUGGAAUAGUCCUGGCAAAUUCAGGGCUAGACAUUGCUCUACAUGAUACUUAUUAUGUGGUUGCACAUUUCCAUUAUGUACUUUCUAUGGGAGCCGUUUUUGCUUUAUUUGCAGGAUUUUACUAUUGGGUGGGUAAAAUCUUUGGUCGGACAUACCCUGAAACUUUAGGUCAAAUCCAUUUUUGGAUCACUUUUUUCGGGGUUAAUUUGACCUUCUUUCCUAUGCAUUUCUUAGGGCUUUCAGGUAUGCCACGUCGUAUUCCAGAUUAUCCAGAUGCUUACGCUGGAUGGAAUGCCCUUUCCAGUUUUGGCUCUUAUAUAUCCGUAGUUGGGAUUUGUUGUUUCUUCGUGGUCGUAACAAUCACUUUAAGCAGUGGAAAUAACAAAAGAUGUGCUCCAAGUCCUUGGGCUCUUGAACUUAAUUCAACUACACUGGAAUGGAUGGUACAAAGUCCUCCUGCUUUUCAUACUUUUGGAGAACUUCCAGCUAUCAAGGAGACGAAAAGCUAUGUGAAGUAA